UCGCGCCGAAACUGGUCAAACAUAGCGCACGAGCCAAAAGUCCCCUGCCAGACCGGGUAAUUAACCUUUCCCACCGUACCUCUUAGGGUCCUAGCUCUCGACCGCAUGGAUUGAUGCUCUUGCUUUCGUCCCAAAUCACCCAGUUGACUCAAUUGAAUACCACACACAGCAUUGUCGGGAAUAUUUUGAGAACAAUCAUGGCUUGUGCUAUGCAGAGCUGAUCGGGAGCUUCCCGCCACAUGCAUUCACCCGACGGCCAACAAACCACGUCAAACAUCUAAACAUGAACAUGAACACAGCGACCGUUUCAUUGGCCGUCACCCCGACGGUGGUGUCGACUUUCGUGACCCAUUUCUUGAAUCGCAAACCCUUGCGUAAACGUCCGACUGCGCAUCUUCCAUAUGAUGAGGGUUUGCAUCUCAUCAAGGCCUUUCUCGAGUUUGCCUCAAAACACACCGUCGAAGAACUCCAAGCCUUCACAGCCCAGUGGGUUCCGCAUCCCCAAUGGGUAAAAGUCGAGGAGAUAAACAUCCCAGAGCCUCAGUCGCUCCGGGCAGCCUCCCUGAUCGAGGAGCAACUCGGGCCCGAGGGUAUCCGCGCAGUGGGCGGCACCAAGUGGUGGCAAUGGCGCAAGCCAAAUAGCCCCCUCCGGGCCGAAUGGAUCGAGAUGCGUUCCGACUACCGCCGGAGGAAGGGGGAUACUCAACCCUGCAAACGGAUCAUGCUGUACGUACACGGAGGUGCCUACUUCUUUGGCAGCGUCGAUGAGCAUCGAUACCAGAUCCAAAGGCAUGCUCGAAAGCUCAAGGCACGAGUCAUCGCGCCUCGUUACCGUUUGGCGCCCCAGUUCCCCUUCCCAUGUGGUAUCCAGGAUUGUCUGGCUACUUACCUGUACCUGCUGGAGGCUGGCCACACGCCCAACACGAUUAUACUUGCGGGUGAUUCCGCUGGAGGUGGCAUGGUCCUCUCUGUUCUGGUUACUCUGAGAGACCGUGGGAUUGCUCUGCCAGCUGGCGCGGUACUUAUAAGCCCCUGGGUGGACUUGACUCACUCGUUUCCCAGCGUUGCCAUCCCUGCGGAUCUGGACUACGUCCCGCAGUAUGGAUUUCACCACAAGCCUUCGGAGUCAUGGCCACCGCCGAAUACUGAGGAUGUCAGGAAGAUGAAGGCCGCCAGGGCUGGUAGCAGCGGAGAGUCGGAGAAAGGCGACACGAACUUGACAGACACUGCAGCAGCAGAGGACAACCAGACUCGGCUCUCGGUGACCAUCAAUGGCAAAUCAGUGCAGGUUGAGGAGCAAAUUCAAAUGUAUACAACGAACGAUCUGCUCAAACACCCGCUAGUGAGCCCGAUAAUGCAGCCUACACUUGGUGGUCUUCCUCCGCUAUUCAUCAUGACUGGCGGCGGCGAAGUGCUUCGUGAUGAGCAGAUUUAUCUUGCUCACAAGUGUGCAAAUCCGAGCAAAUACAUGCCCCCCGAAUCCCUUCUCACCGAUGCCGACAGGGCUUUGAUAGAACAUUACAAGCCCACCGACGUUCAGCUACAGGUCUGGGAUGACAUGUGUCAUGUUGCUCCAACCCUCAGUUUCACCCGGCCAGCCAAAUUCAUGUAUCGAUCUAUCGCUCAAUUCGGUGCCUGGGCUCUUGCGCGCGCACAAAGAACCGAGAUAGAUAUUCUUGUCGACGAUGACGUAUCGGUCAUUUCUUCGUCCUCCGAGUCUGGUGGUGAAAAUGGACGUAGCGGUAGCCUAAACGCGCAUGGUGAAAAUUCUUCCCUGACGAAAGAUAAGCCAGGCAGAAUUGGCAAAGCUGGCGACCCUUUGCCGCACUUUCAGGACCACAUGAUCCGGCAGAGGGUUGAUAGACAUGGACACGUCUAUCCACUGGCUCCAGCUUCGGAGCUCCCGGGGUGCUGCAUGGACCGUGAUUUGGUCGGGAUAGCCAAGGAAGGGCCAGUUAGCAAGUGGCUCGAAGCCAAUAAUCGGUUUGCCAAAAAGUACAGCAACGCAGCCAAAAAAGUUCAAAAGAAACGCAUGAAGCAGGCUGAAGCCGGGUUUGAAAGCUUUGGCGUCGGAGAGCAUCCACCCCCGAGUGCCUUGGCUGGGAGGAGGAGGAUUGGGGCCGACCUUUCGGAGAAGAAAAAGACGCGCAGCAUGGGAUUGUCGCUGUGGUCUCUCUGGGGAUCUAAACACGACGAGCUCACAGUUAGCAGAGAAGAGAAAGCGGAUUCACCCGAAACAAAGGCUCCAGCGCCGGAAGAGGGCACCGGUGCCCGUAAGUUCUCGGAACUCCAGCGGCAGGAGGGCGCAUCCUCGACCCAGUCGCCCAGCCAACAGGGAGUCGCGGCUGCCAAGGAAGAUAAUCAGGCUAGUGGUGGCCACGAGCCGGCCGAGGCCGAGGCCACGCCAGUCGCCAACUUGAUUGCACAAAGACGAGAGAAAGAGGCCGAAGCGGCCGGCGGAUCUGGCCUGCUUGCCGUACCAGACGCAGCGACUGGUGCCACCGGGAAACGUCCCACCGUCGACGGGAUCUCAGUCCCCUUCUCACUGAACAAGGAGGCAGAGACGGCGAGCAUGAUGACCUUGACAUCCGUAAUGGAUGCUGGCGCCGCGCCUGGGCAAUCGGCACGACCGAUGAGCCCAACGACGACAUCAUCGAUCAAGGACCUUAACAAUGCACAGAGAAGCCGACCGACAACUUCGGAGAAUGUAGGAACAGCAGUUGCGGAUGGCACUACGCUCAACGCCAAGGAUCAGGCGGGACCGCCCGAAGACAACACGCUUGCAUCGCCGGGCAUCUAUGAGACGCCAAUGUCUUCGCCUAAUCUGGACGGACGCCCACAGCUGGAGAAGUUCAUCACCGCUGAUGAAGGUCUACCCAGGCACCACUGAUACAACUCAACUAAACUUCUCCUUUGUCAUUUUAAAUCAGCUUGCUAUCUUAUCGUAAUGCUUACUGUGUUCGACCACAGUUUGCAAUCUUUUCUUUGAUUUUCAGCCUGCCCAAAAAAAGAAAAACAAUAGGCUUGCUCGACACUUUCAUUGGAAAUUGAUGUCUGGAAAACGGAACACAUCCUAUUGCGUAAUAGUCCUAAUAAGGGAAAUUUUUUGAUUUGUACAAUUGUCUAAACUAGCUUAAUACUUGCUAGUAUAAUAAUACAAGUUUUCAUGAGUUGUCGGUCUCGC